UUUGACAGUUGGCUUUUAGGCCGUAAUCAUAUGUUUGUCGAGAAUUUUCAUGCAUUUUCUAGCAUAUACUUCUAGUAAAUAUUCAAUGAGUGGAUAGACCGAAUACGUCCAAUGCACAAAAUUUGCAGCAGAAGAAACGAGAGGCAGAUCAAAAAGUAUGAUAUCGGUGAUUAAAAAAAAGUUCUGCGUAUGCCUGGUCCAGACAUUUACAGACUUUUAAAACAGUAAUAAACUGACCGAUUUUCUUCAGAAAAUAAUAGAUGUGUCCCAGCAUGCAAAGAAUUACGAAUCAAAUACCGUUCAUACUUUUACCAUUUAGAUUUUUUUUAAGAAAUUUAGAACUUAAUCUUUCACGGAAUCUUUUUGGUCUUUUUCGGAGUAACGAACCAAUGAUCUCUAAAUGCGCAGGUAUCCUUCUGUUGAUCAACAGCAUGCGGCAGCUGUUCAAAUCGUAAAAUUAUUUCCACAACUUAGUAAUACGCGAGUCACACCAACUGCUCCUGAUGAGUCAUUUUUCUUUUGGCGCAACGGAGGCAAGGAAAAGGGUGCUCAUACUGGCAUGAUAUUUCAUCGCAUCCGGAAUGUCAUCAAACAGCUACCUGCAGGAAAACAUAAAUAUAAUCGAGGAACUAUGCCUGUAGAAGAGUCCGUUUCAACUGAACUUGUAGAGCGGGCUCAAUUGCUCCGAGUAAUGCUUGCAUCGGCAUCAGUAGCAGAACAUAUUUGUGAUGAAAUGGACCGAUGCUUUCCAGUCCUCAAACUGUUAUUAAAAGAAAAGAAACCCGUUAAUGAUAUCUUGGAUAUGUUUCCACACCUGUGUUCAUAUGAAGGAUUGGUGAUUCGUCAAAUGUUUGAGAGAUUGUAUCCUAACAGAACAGAAGGUCUCAAAAUCGAGGAUGUCUUCUCUCAGUGUCUAUCUUAUUCACCGUCCAGAUUCUCUAGAGUAGAAGAUGAUCACAUUCGAGGAUGCUUGAGAAUAAUUUCUCAUAUGCCAAUUCGCGGACAAAAAAGAACGCUGGUAGGCUGUCCAACUGUAGGCGAAGAACAUUCGGCUUCAAUUUUAAUUCGUUGGAUUGGGGAGUGCUUAGAUACAUACGUGGCAUCCCCCGCAACUGAUUCCAAACUACACAUGGUGUGCGUAGCAAGCCCGAUGAAAAGAGGAAAUUAUGCCGUCAUUUGUGAGAAAAAAGUUAUAUUCGAGACUAACAAUUCUAUUCAUGCAGUGGAAAUUUUAUUCAAAUGCUACGCAGUUCUCGGAGUGGAGGUGCCACCUAAUUUUAGAAUGUUUUGGGACUUUCUGGCAUGUGCCAUAUAUAAUAUAAUUCCGCACAGUCAGAGGACAACUGUGAAUAGACUCGUCCAAACUUUUAUUGAAGUUUCCCGCGCACGUAUUGACAACAAAUAAAAGGACAACUUUUUUAUACAAUACUUACU